AUGUCUACAAUGCGCCCGACUAGAAGGUUCUCGGCUGGAGAUGUGGAUAGGGUCAAGCCCUGGACGCUUACACGAGAACAGACGAUUGAUCUUAUGGAAAGAAGACAAGAAGCGGCGGUGAUGAAGUAUGUUCGGGAAAUCAGCCGGUUGAGCGAAGAAGGGAAUUGGCAGAUUGAAGUGCCUAGAAAGAGGGCCAGAAGGAAUAGCAGUCUAGGUGGGAAAGUGGCUGCAAAUGAGGAGCCUAGAGAGGCAGAGAAGCCUACGGUGGUGGAUUUUGGCAAGAUGAACAGUGCCCAGAUAGCCAGUGUGAUGCAGGGGGAACAGGCUGCUAUGGAGAACCGGUUGGAGCAGAAGGUGGCGACGUUACGUGCUGAGAAGCGCCGGAGGAGGUAUGAAAGUGUGAGUUUCUAG